ACUUCAACGACGUUGACACUGUACCCAACUUGCAGCUCCAGAGAGCGAGGGGGAGAGAGAGAGAGAGGAGGAGGGGAGACGGAGUUCUACAGUUAGUGAAAAAUCUCUUAUCUUGGUUAUGGAGAUCGUGGGUUGCGAUUAGUCGCCGAUUUUCACUGUUCCAUAAAGUCCGAGCUCUAACUUCCAAUGGGUUCGUCUUCGUUUUACCAGUUCUACCCUUCCUUUUCUCUCACAUUUCUUUACGGUUUUUCUCCUUUAUUCGACGCGUAAAGCCAAGUAAUAAAGAAUUCUUCCUCUGAUUUUUCGCUUCACAAUUGCACUUCAUCGAUGGAUUCUUCCUCUGCAAGUUUUGUCCUCCACCGCAGCUUCAGUUUAUCUUCUUUUUUGUUUGUCAGGGAGUGAGCUCGAGGCUUGAAGGAGGAGGAGAAAGUGCUUACAGAAGUUUCAGAUCAAAGCAGAACGAAGAGAGUUGCCUAAAACAGCGCAGUUUUUUUUUUUCCAUCCGAGGAGAUGGAACGCUGUUCGCUAGCUUUAUUUGGACAAUGAACAGAGGCCAUUUUAGUGAAAGGAUGGGCCUAGUAUAUAUUUGGCAAGUGCAACCACCCUGUCAUUAACAUCUAAACUAUCUGGUAUUGUGAGAGAACAAGCACGAAAGGAAGUACUUGACUGCAGUUUGAUGUUAUGGUGUCUAUUGAUUUGAUUUGACGUGGUUUCAAGUUGAAAAGGAAAAAGGUUCACUUUGAAGAAUGGGGGCAAUUAGCGGGGAAGAGCUGAUCAAGAUGGAGAAGAUGGAAAUGCCUGGUGCUCGUGAGGAGAAGAUUCUUGUUUUGGUGAGAUUGAGGCCAUUGAGUGAGAAAGAAGUUUCAGCAUAUGAAGUAGCAGACUGGGAAUGCAUCAAUGAGACUACCAUCUUAUACAGGAACAGCCUCCGGGAAGGUUCCACAUUUCCAUCUGCGUACACAUUUGACAGAGUAUUUCGAGGUGACUGCUCUACAAGGCAAGUGUACAAUGAAGGAGCCAAGGAAAUUGCUCUUUCUGCUGUCAGUGGUAUUAAUUCAAGUAUUUUUGCAUAUGGACAAACAAGUAGUGGAAAGACAUACACCAUGAUGGGAAUAACAGAGUACACAGUAUCAGACAUAUUCGAUUAUAUCCAUAGGCAUGAAGAAAGAGCAUUCGUCUUGAAGUUCUCUGCUAUUGAGAUUUACAAUGAGUCUGUUAGAGAUCUCCUUAGCACAGAUAAUACUCCACUGAGGCUGCUAGAUGACCCAGAGAAAGGUACUAUUGUGGAGAAAGCCACAGAGGAAACACUUAGGGACUGGAACCAUUUAAAAGAGCUUCUUUUGGUUUGUGAAGCUCAAAGACGGAUUGGGGAGACCUCGUUGAAUGAGAAAAGCUCAAGAUCUCAUCAAAUUCUUAGAUUGACAAUUGAGAGUUCUGCUAGAGAGUUCUUGGGCAAAGAAAAUUCGACCACCCUUUCAGCUAGUGUGAAUUUUGUUGAUUUGGCUGGGAGCGAGCGUGCUUCUCAGGCAUUAUCUGGCGGUGCCAGACUGAAGGAAGGCUGCCACAUAAAUCGCAGUUUACUGACUCUAGGAACCGUGAUCCGCAAGCUAAGUAAGGGGAAGCAUGGACAUAUUAAUUACCGAGAUUCCAAGUUGACACGCCUGCUACAGCCUGCCUUGGGUGGCAAUGCAAGAACUGCCGUCAUUUGCACUUUGAGCCCUGCUCGGAGCCAUGUUGAGCAAACAAGAAACACUCUUUUGUUUGCUUGUUGUGCAAAAGAAGUUACCACAAAAGCACAGGUUAAUGUAGUCAUGUCUGAUAAGGCAUUGGUUAAGCAUUUGCAGCGAGAGUUGGCAAGACUGGAGGGUGAAUUGAGAAGUCCUGCUCCUGCUUCCUCAAGUUGCGACUACCCAGCUUUGCUUCGGAAGAAAGAUCUUCAGAUUCAAAAGAUGGAGAAGGAAAUCAGAGAGUUGGCGAAGCAACGGGAUCUUGCUGAAUCUCGGGUUGAAGAUUUGCUUAAAAUGAUAGGGAAUGAGCAAAAUUCAAGAAAAUCGCAAGUGGGAGACGCGUGGGAAGAUGAAUGUUCAAUGUCAGCAUCAUCAGGCGUGGUUGAUUCUCAUCCUAUGAAUGGAGGUUUAAGAAAUUUCAAGAAAACUCAUUACGAUGAUGGAGAAAGUGAGAGCAAUCCUGAUGAGCCCUUCCACCAUCUUCGGAACUCUGAAAACCAUACUUCAUCUGAUGGUACCUUAUCACCAAUGUCUUAUGGGGAGAAUCUUGUUAGAUCGAAUUUGCGUCAGAGUCUGGAGGAUACUGCUGAAGAUCCUAAUGAUUAUUGCAAGGAAGUCAAGUGCAUUGAAUUGGAAGAGUCAAGCAGGCAAAAUAACUGUGAAUCCCUUACCUUAAAUACUGAAAAUGAAGGAACAUCGACUUUAGAAGACUAUGGUGAUGGGGAAGCAACUGAAGAAAUAACAUCAACUCAAGUGAACGGAAAUAGAGGAGUGAAUGGCAUGCCAAAUGGUUUUGUAUACGGUGCAUUGGAGCAGAGACUGUGUCAUGUACAGAAUACCGUAGAUUCUCUUGGCAGUCCUUACCCUGAUGAACCUCCACCAAUGGCAGCAGAUAUGUCGAGUUCUAGAAGCCUGAAACUAACUAGAAGCUGGAGUUGCAGAGCAGAUCUCACGUCCGAUUCAUCAUCUCCCUGGCCUGAGAAAGCUGAACAAAUUGUCAACACUCCACCUACUGGAAUGGAAAUAAAUUUUACUGGGAGACCAGAAAGGUUACGAUGGAAGAUUCCUCCAUCAAAAUAUGAUACCAACAUUUCAACCUUGUCCAGGAAUGAUUCCCAGUCAUCACUGGGAAGUGCUUCGUCUGAUGUACAGAGCAUUAAAACUUCAGCAGGUGAGGAUGUUACUACCAUCCAUGCUUUUGUUGAAGGACUGAAUAAGGCCAAGCAUCAAUAUGAGAAGCAACUCACCGAUGGUCAGGUUCAGCAGAUGGGGCUAGCAGCUGAUAGUUCUGGGAAGAAUAUGAAAGAUGUAGGUUUGGAGCCAAUGCAGGAAGCACUGGAAACCUCUCGCGAUUGGCCUUCUGAGUUUGAGAGGCAGCAGAGAGCAAUACUUGCACUCUGGCAAAUUUGCAAUGUUUCAUUGGUGCACAGAACCUACUUCUUCCUUCUUUUUAAGGGGGAUCCAGCAGAUUCCAUUUACAUGGAGGUAGAGCUCAGGAGACUUUCCUUCCUCAAGGAAAAAUUUUCUCAAGGGAAUCGUACUGCGCAGUAUGAUCAAAAUCUCACCCUUGGUUCAAGCAUGAAGGCCCUUGGCCGGGAGAGACGGGUUCUGAGCAAGCUGAUGCACAAGAGAUUUUCUGAAGAAGAGAGGAAGAGACUGUAUCAAAAGUGGGGUAUUGGGGUGAAUUCGAAGCGCAGGAGGCUACAACUGGCCAACUGCUUGUGGAGUAACACACAGGAUAUGAAUCACGUCAUGGAGAGUGCUAGCAUUGUUGCAAAGCUGGUUCGAUUUGUAGAGCAAGGAAAGGCUUUGAAGGAGAUGUUUGGGCUUAGCUUCACUCCCCAGCACUCAAAGAGGAGACUUUUUGGUUGGAGAAACAGCAAGCCUUCCCUUUUUUAAGCUUUGCUUAAUAGGAAAUUCAGAACAAUUAUAUCGCUGCUGAUUUGUUGUAAUUGAUAGGCUAUUUAAGAUUACUGUUAUGAUUGAACUCAAAAGAGGAUUGUAUGUGGUUGUUUCAAUUUUGUAUAAAUUACAGCUUUGAUCAUCUAAUUUAAUAUUAUUAUGCCAAGUUGUA